AAAAGGGAGCAGCUAGUUCCUCUGAGUAAGUCUUCGAAAAACUUUCAGCCAUUACUGAGACAAUUUCGCAGUGUAGGAGACAAUAUGGUAGUAAAGUAGAACAGUAGAGAAGUAAAACAGAAAUGUUUGAGUGAUAAAAAGAAAGAUAUUGUUUUGCAGCUCUUUUGUUUUGUUUAUGUUUGGGCGGAAGAGGAAAGAACUAAUUUGCUUCUUUAUCUCCAACAGUGCCAACAUGAGUCCAGCAGCUAGCAGAGGAUUGGAACAGAGACUAUCUCAUGAUGUGGUUGUGGUGGUUGCUGCCUUGCUUCCUGAACUUGGAAUUGGCUAUCAGGGGCGAUUGCCCUGGAGGUUGCGAAGGGAAAUGAAGUACUUCGUCGAUGUUACCACAGGCAGCAGAAACACCUCAGCACUAGCUUUGGGGAGUAGAAAUGCUGUGAUAAUGGGGAGGAGAACCUGGGAGAGCAUCCCUCUGAGGUUUCGUCCAUUGAAGAACAGACUCAACGUCGUGUUGUCGAGACUGUUUGACGAUUUUCUGUUGAACAGCGAGAACGAGAACAUUGUCUACUCCAAUGGGUUGGACAACGCCAUUGAGAGGCUCCAACAGCUCGAGAGCAUCAACAGGAUAUUCAUAAUUGGGGGUGCUGAAGUGUAUAACCUGGCUUUGAAGAAUGAAAAGGUCAACAGAGUGUUGUUGACUGAGAUCAACUCAAUUGGCGGUUUAGAUCAUAAAAUGGACACUUUUUUGGAUUUUGGAGCUGAGGAGCAGAAGAAAUGGGAGAAGAAGAGCACUCAAGAGUUGAGAGACUUUGUUGGAGAAAACGUCGAUGUUGCAGCAGAGGAUAUAGAAGAAAAUGGGUUCAGAUACAGAUACACUCUAUGGCAUAAGAAGCAAAGCAAAUAGCUGCUGUAAAUGGUUCUACACUGCCUAGUUUUGGAGCAAAAUUGAUCCAGAAUAUAUAACGUUCAUUAUAUCAUUACUUUUCUAUAUACAAGAAAGCACAUUAUUUAUUAUAAAUCUAGUUUGUUUGCU